AUGGUAACAAUCAAUGAUAAUCCUAUAACAUUACAAAGCUUUCGAAAAACAAUCGAAAAUGUUCUUCCACCAUGUCGACAAAUUGAUGAUUAUUUUUAUGUAGUUAGUGGUAAACCUCCUCAUAAAUUGAAUAUUAAUAAUGACGAUGAAUUUAAUGAACAUCGAACAUUAAUAACAAGUGGUUGUUACAUAUGGGCAAAAUUAAAAUAG